AUGGCCACGGUAGCCAAUGGUGCUGGAGAUGAGGGAAAGGACACGGUCGUAAAAGAAAUCCCGCCCGCUCUCGACAAAUUGUUACUGUUGAUGGUGAAGAAUUUCUAUUCCGCUGAGCAGUGCCUACUGGUUUACUACAUCAUGCGCGCCGUCUGUAUAAAGGAGGAGAAGCUUCGCGAGCGCGUGCAAUUUGAACACAAACAAAUGCGAGAAUGGAUGGCACAGCUCAAGAAGGAUAAAGUCGUCCGUGAACGCCUAAUCACGCAGAAGAACGAAAACAACCGCAGCAUUAACAUGAUUUUCUACUUUAUCAACUACCGGGCGUUGGCUAAUGUGUUGACAUUUAAAAUCGAUCAUAUGAGGCAACGACUAGAGGCCAGAGAAAAAGACACCGUACAGAAGGCCCACUACAAAUGCACCAAAUGCAGCAUGCAAUACGAAACGAUCGACAUGGACCGGAUUUUUGAUCCGUUUACGCAGACAUUGGUCUGCUGGCGGUGCAAAGGCGAGGUCGAAUUGGAUGAAAGUGCAGGCCCGACAAAUGAAACACGUUCUCUGUUGGCCCGCUUCAAUGAACAAAUGUUGCCGAUGUUCACCGUUAUCCGCGAGCUGGCAGGCAUUCAACUGGCCCCUCAUCUGUACGAGCCCGACAUCAACAAGUACAUUGAUGACCCGGCAGCGCAGCAGCCGCAGGUGCAGCAGCACGUCGACUUCUCGCAACCUGCCAGUCGCGCCCAGCUGGGCGGUGUCGCGUUCAAGCGCGAAAUGGCCAACAAAUCCGCGUUGCUCAACACGGAACAGAUCACCGUCGAAAUCAACAGUGGACCAAAUAUUGCGAUCGAAGAACAGAAGGAAGUACCUGCAUGGUUGGCACAGCCGGGGAUGGCCGGCACAUCAGCUACAUCGGGCGGGUACGAAAAUGACCCACUUUCGCCUACCGGCAAACAAGCGCCAACUGUCGAUCUGUCGAUGUUGGCUGAGUUGGAAGGUUUGAACGAAGAGACAGAGCCGGAAACGACCGAGCAGCCCAGCAGCGCAACGGCCGACGAGGCUCCAGAUACCGCGGCCGCCGAGGCUGAUGGUAGCGUCGACAACGAAGAGGAUGAAUGGGAAGACGAGCCCAUGGUCACAGUACAAGGAGAAAGCCAUCCCAUCAGCCAAGUGAUCAACCAGCCCGAACUGGUCGAACAGAUGACCGACGCCGAAAAGGAAGCGUAUAUCAGCGCGUACGAGGCAUACUCGGAAAUG